CAUAACUAUAGUAGGGUCUUUGCAUGAAUUUUUACAGAUAUUUACCAAUUAUUUCUAAGCAUAAAGAGAAAUCAGACAACUCGAGUUUCAAAUAUUUCCCACCUCUGCACUUUGCAUUUGACGGACAUCAACCCCGACGUCAGGAAGACGCAAUUCAAGUUUAUUUAUAUAGCGCUUUUCACAAUGUGUAUUGUUUCAAAGCAGCUUUACAGGGGCAAACAGGAAAAACAGAAAAGUUAAAACACAGCACAGUGCAUGGUAUUUAUACAACGAGUAAGUUCAUUCUAAUAAAUAACAUCUAAUUUCUAAAUAAAUAAAUGAAUGAAUGCAGUCUCCCGGUGAGCAGGCCAACACUGCCCUGCUGUGGCGAGGAACCCAAACUCCAAUGAUUGAUUAAUGGAGAAAAAAACCUCGGGAGAAACCAGGCUCAACCGGGAGGGCCAGAUCCCCUCUGACGUGUCAUAGCUGCACUCAGACUGGUGACAUGUGAUUUUAGUUUAGCAUUUAAUACCAAAUAUUGUAACUUCAGCAUUAAUAAGACAAAUAGUCCGUCUUUGCUCUUGGUUGGGGAUGUAGUGGUCUGAGCUGGGAUGGUCCGAUGGUCAUAUUUCUCUUGGCAGCUGGUGGAAUUGCCUUAGAUGGAGCUGGGAUGGUCAGUCAGUCUGCAGCUGUAUCUGGUGUAAUCUCAAAUUGGGGAUGGGCAUCUGUCGGUCGUCUGGACAUGGUGGAACUUCUUCCUACCUCGGGAUGGGCAUCUGUCGGUCGUCUGGACAUGGUGGAACUUCUUCCUACCUCGGGAUGGGCAUCCCGAGGCAGAGGCGGAAAGAGAAUAAAGAGAAUAAUUAGCGUAGCUGCUGUUCAUUAACUAUGCAUUAAGUGAAAGCUUGGCUGAAAAGAUGUGUCUUUAAUCUAGAUUUAAAUUGGGAGAGUGUGUCUGACCCUCGAAUAGUAUCAGGAAGGCUAUUCCAGAGUUUAGGUGCUACGUAUGAGAAAGCUCGUCCACCUUUGGUGGAUUUUGUUAUUCUAGGUAUUGUCAAAAGUCCUAAGUUUUGAGAUCUCAGCGAGCGUGAUGGGUUGUAACGUGAUAAAAGCUUGGUUAAGUAAGUAGGUGCUAAACCGUUCAGGGCUUUGUAAGUAAUUAAAAUAAUUUUAAAAUCAAUGCGAUACUUAAUGGGUAGCCAGUGAAGCGAUGAUAAAACUGGGGUUAUGUGAUCGUAUUUUCUUGACCUAGUAAGAACUCUGGCAGCUGCAUUCUGAACUAACUGUAGUUUGUUUAUCGAUGAUACAGGACAACCACUAAGUAGAGCAUUACAAUAGUCAAGCCGUGAGGUCACAAAUGCAUGAAUAAGCUUUUCUGCGUCUGCAACACAUAAACUAUUUCGUAAUUUGGCAACAUUUCUAAGGUGGAAGAAGGCUGUUUUUGUGAUAUUUGAGAUGUGAUUUUUAAAUGACAGGUUGCCGUCUAAUAUAACGCCUAGGUCUUUAACUGUAUUUGUUGGAGUAACAGUGCAGCUUUCAAUUUGCAGGCUGUAAUCGGAGAUAUUCGGUUUACUUAAUUCGGCAACACUUGACGUCACGCGUUUUCCACCGAAGAGCAAAAUGAUAGCACACAAAAGUCCUUUUUAUUUUUACUUUUCUCUACUUUAUUAAAUCUUAUUUUUUAUUAAUACGUUUUAAAACGUAUCGUUUAGAACUCAUUGAGGUCUGAGGUAACGUUAGGACAUUUUAACUGGGAUGGUCUUGAGCGCGGCAUUUAAUGUUUAAUUUAAUUAAAGUUUAAUUAAAAAGAGUUAUUCUAGCAUGAAUGUGAGUCCCAAAUCUUUCGGUGGAUUUUCGGCUUUAACAGAUUUUUAUGUGGUCUGGUUUUUAAACAUCGGACAUCACAUCACUGUAUUUUUAUAAACAAAAUAACUUUAUAAAACAUUAAUAAAUGUACGUGAUUUAAAAAACAAAAAUUCGCCAGUUUAGUUGUCGGGACUCUUGUGACGCUCCGUUUGUCCUUUACGGGCUUCCGUAGCAGCAGAUCAAUGAGGAAACAUGGUGGAUUACGAAGAAAGUUUAAACUAUGGUUUGGGGAAAUUGUGCUCUGUUUUUCCUCCCUUCUGUUGAUUUCAUCAUAAACGAGUGCGUCCGAUAACUAAAACGUCUACUGGGAUAUUUUUAAUCUCGGUUUAGUCCACGUUACUCUCAUCCUGAUGGGAAAUAACACAGUUGUCAACUUUCUGAAGCCGGUAAACAUCUGAUCUAAACCAGACUGACACCGCAAAAAACUCGCUUGACUGCUAUUUUCGAUACUUAUUUUACACGAUUCUGAGGAUUAACGACUCCACAACCAGUUUCAUCGAACUUCUAUACCAUGACCUUGAAUAAAUCGAUUCAAAACAGGUGGAUCUAGACAACUAUUUUUUCAUCUAAAUCUGAUUUUGGCCCUAAAAUGUCGUCUCGAGAAACGAUUAAGUUUAAUGCUUUAUAUCAAAGACACAACUACGUACCUCAGUGCGCUCAAUGGCUAUGUACAUUUCUCUCAAUGUGACGCAUGACGCACGUCAUACACGUUCAGCACGUUGACUGACUGCUAUUGUUGGAGUUUUACCUUUGUAACGAUGUGUAAGUUGCUCAGAUAUUGCUUGAGUCACUUGCUUUACGCUGCCAUGACCUGGCUGGAUGAGGCCAACAGAGGGGUCAACAUGUGGUCCUCCAUCCGUUACCUAGGAUACCUGUCCAGCCUGAACUCAAUGGUUGCGGUUUGCUUGGGACUUUAUGUACAAUGGGAGAAGACGGGUGAAAAUAUUAUCCUGGUCAUUUUUAUUUUAGGCCUCUUCGUCCUUGGGAUUGCCAGUAUUCUACACUACUAUUUUGGCAAGGAGAGAUUCAGCAUCUUUCUGUUGCAUCUGUGGUUUGGGUUCCUGCUGGGUUUGUUGUGCUUCCUCAACAUCCCGUCCAAAGAGGCGGAUGUGAAGGAGCAGGUGGCAAACUACAUGUUGGUACUCAGCAUGGUGAUAAGAAUCCUAUGGGCUUUGGUCGAAAGAAUGUGCGGUUACACUCGACAUCAACCUGCGCUUCUCAGAUCAAGAGAGACUUUGGAGCUCACAGGCUUUGUUGUGGCCAGUCUUACUUUGGUCGGACACAAAUUCAUAAGCAUCGUAGUUCUGACGCUCUCUUUAGCUGCUCUCAUCGUGGAUUUGCGGAUGAAAUCCUUCCUGGCACUUCUGAACCUAAGCUGCUUCUCUGCGGUCUCGGCAUUCUUCUUCCAGGAGUCUUUAGGGGUGUCCACCAACCCCUUCGCGCUGUCCUGCUUCAUCAGCCGACUGGUCUGCGACCCGUUUCUGGACUUCUACUUCAGUGGUCUUUCGGUCACCGAGCGCUGGUCGCCGCUGCUGGUGAGAAGAGGCCUGUGGAGGCACCUGUCGCUUCUUCCGAUGGUUGUUGUGGAAUUGAGCUUUCUGGUCGUGGCUGCUAUGAAGAUGAGAGAUAUGGAUCGGUGGUACCUGUUGAUCCCGGGUCUCUCAGCUUCAGCUGUUUUUUGGAUCAUCUGUCAUCUGGUUUUUCUGGUCACACUGUGGGGGUUCCACAGUAAAUUGAGUGACUGUCAGAGACUGUGCAUGGCGCACAUGUCAGAAGCCGGAGAGCUAGACAGGGUGAUGGCGUCGAAGGGCAUGCGGCACUUUUGCCUCAUAUCAAAACGCCUGGUGUCGUUCAGCCUGGUGUCAACCAUUAUACUAGGAGCACUGGCUUGGCAGCCUUCAAGCAGUCUGUUUAUUGCCUUGUUUUUGCUGGUGUUACCGCUCGAGUCGCUUGCCCACGGCCUCUUUCAUGAGCUGGGAAACAGCCUGGGAGGAACAUGUGUAGGCUACGGUGUGGUCAUUCCUACCAACUAUUGCAGCCCAGAUGGGCAGCCCACCCUGCUGCCCCCGGCGCAUGUGCAAGAGCUUAACACGCGCUCGACAGGGAUGCUCAACAACGUGCAAGGCUUCUUCUCGCAUCACAUGAUUGAGGCGUACGGCUGCGACUACUCCACCAGUGGCUUGAGUCUGGAAGCCCUGCAGGCCAAGCUCCGCAUAUUCAUGGAGGCCCACACGACCGACGGGCCACGACAUGACACCUACGUGCUCUUUUAUAGUGGCCACACCCAUCGCAGUGGAGAGUGGGCUCUGGCAGGUGGAGACGUUUUACGUCUAGAUGAGAUCGUGCAGCUCUGGAGGGAAAAAAACACUGGCUCUUGCUCCCGCCUCAUCAUUAUUCUCGACACUGAGAACUCUUUGCCUUGGGUGAAGGAGGUGAAGAAGAUCGAAGGGCUUUACGUAGCAGUCCAAGGGGCUGCGCUGUCAAAUCCCACAGACCGUGAACUCCAGGAUGCACCUCAGCUUGGCGACUUCAUCUCCCAAUGGGUCGAUUUUAACUGUAACCCCGACAGCAUCGUCCGGUGGUCAGAGCGCAGCCGGACCAUCCGAGCCGCAUACGGCGUCUCCAGACACUGGAGUGACUACAAGCUCCACCUUCCCACCGAAAGUGAUGUCACCAGGCACUGGAAGAUUUACUUCCCACGGUUGACUUACCCUGUGGUUCAGUUAGCUCAUUGGUGUGGUGUGCUGAAUCUCUUUUGGGUUUGCGGUUACUGCGUCCGAGUACUCAGGAGGAUCAAACUGACAUGGUUCCCUCCUGCGGUGCUAGAUACGGGACAAGGUUUCAAGCUGGUCAAAUCGUAGAGCAGCACUUUGACUGUGCUGUGGUGAUGUUUUACGCAGCUGCCGGUCACAGCAGAGGUUGUGAGUCUGGACACGGGUAGGGAACUGUCAUCUACAGCAGUUUUGUUGUGUAGACCAGCCGAGCAAUGUAUGAAAAUCUCAGGUAUGAAACACUCCAGGUGUGUUUGCGAUGGGAAGAAUAGGUGAAAGUUAGCCUACUUACUAACAUGAGCGUGUCUAUUUGCUCUCUAAGCAAAUUCAUCACUUAAGAAAGCAAGGGUGAGUCUCUGAACCAGGAAAAAACAACAUUUUGAACAUUUUUCAACCGAAAUUGAAAAAAAAAAAUCUGUCUUCGUUUACAUAUUACAUGGUUCAUAUAUUUUUGUGCCAUAUAACGAAAAUAAAUAGGCUGUGCUUUUUGUGCCAAAAAUUUCAAACCUGUAUGACUUUCUUCUGCAGAACUCAAAAGAAGAUAUUAUGAAGAAUUUUACAGCGGUAAACAUUGACUUCUAUUGUAUGGACACAAAAAAAUGCAAGUGAACGGGUACUGCAGCUUUUCAGUCACCAACAUUCUUCAAAAUAUCUUCUUUUGUGUUCUGCAGAAGAAAGAAAGUCACACAGGUUUGAAAUGACAUGAGGGCGAGUAAACGAUGACAGAAUUUUCAUUUUUGGGUGAACUGUCACUUAAAGCACAGCCUAUUUAUUUUCCUUAUAUUGCACAAAAAAUACGUUGCAUCAUUCAAAUGAGAAAAUGUACGAUAAUUUAAAUGGUAAAUUAUUUUAUUUCUUGACCUUUUAUUCCGAUUUAUAUAGAAAGGUAUUGUAUCACAGUAAAAACUGUAAUACUCAUGUUUUACAGAUAUAAUUUAAGAAUAACUAUUGAGAAUAAUUGGAAGAAAAAAAAACAUUCCGGUACUUGUAAUAAUAUAAUAUAAUGAAACUGUGCAAAAAAAUAUUUUAUUUAUGCAACAAACAAAAAAAUUGGGGGGGUUAUUGGGUGGUGACAAGAGUUUCAAAUACAGUAUGUUACUGAUGGGUCUAACUGUUACGGCUUUAACCUGCUUAUUUUUCAAUCCUUACUUUCAUUUAACACUUAUUAGCAUCAUCUGUUAAUGAUUUGUUCAUGUUAACUUUAUCAACUUUAAAUAAUAAAUGAACCAGCUUUGCGUCAUUUGUUGAGUGCCUCCUCUUAACUGUAGCCUACUUCACAAAAUACCUGGCCUUAUAUUUCUGCACAAGUAUUUAACACUUACAUUCUCAUCAGUUAAUUCGAGAACUAUAUUUUGUUGGUCUAUAAAGGACAAGAUUUUCGACCGCCCUUAGAAACUGUGAUAAAUAACACUAUUGUGUGAUUAAUUUUAGUUAAAUUUUUCCAAACACUGUUGAAUAUCAACUUGCAAAGCAAGCAAGGAUUAUAUUUUAGUAAUUCGACUAAUAUUCUGUGUUGCUUAAUGGUAAUAGUGGAGAUUUGUUUAAGAAAGCCAACAUAACUAAUGUUUAUACUUUUGUAUGUGUUUUAUGAAGUGCCUUGUGUAAAGUUAGUCAUCACCAAAAGAUGCGGGGAUUAACUCCUAGUCAAAUAUGCAAUAUUUAUUAACUGAUCCUAGAUUGUGCUAAAACAGGAAUGAAGAGGUCUGAAUUUAAAGACUUGAUGAAGAUUGAACAAGUUAAUGGAAUUUGAUGAUUUCAAUGAUUUCUUGAUUGUUUAUGUGUGUGUGAAAUCAACCAUAAUCAGAAUGACUUUGAUAAUAAUAAAACUUGUUUUUCUACUGCCA